AUGACUCCAAAUGUCGAUCAAAUCUUCACACAGGAAGCAAUAAAACCAAAAGAAGAAGAACCACAAGUUAAACCACAAUUAUCUUCUUCCCAAAGCAUCAUUGAGAAACCAGAAGAAAUUAAAGCUCAACCACAAAUUUCUUCAUCUAAAUCCAUUGAUUUGCCAAUAGAAGACAGACAUCUUCCAGAGUUAUCUCGAUCUCCAAAUGUCUUAGAAAUACCUGUAGUUGAACAAGAACAAGUUAAACCACAGAUAUCAGAGACAUCGAAUGCAAUUGAACUUCCUGACGAAGAGAAAGUUCAACCACAACUUUCGAUGAGUCAAAACAUCAUUGAAAAACCAGAAGAAGCUAAAGUACAGCCACAGAUUUCUUCUUCCAAAUCAAUUGAUUUCCCAGAAGUCAAACAAAUUAUUCCGCAAAUUUCUGAUGCUUCUUACACUGUUGAAUUUCCAGCAGAAAACAAAGUUCAACCAAGAAUUUCAGAUACAUCGAAUUCGGUUGAACUUCCUGAGCAACAGAGACAAUCACCACAGAUCUCGAUAACUCAGAAUGUCAUUGAGAUGCCUGAAGAAGUCAAACAACUUCCUCAGUUAUCUCAUUCUCCAAAUGUUUUGGAAAUUCAAGAAAAAGAAAUUCCGAAACUCGAAAUUUCGUCGAUAAAGGACGAAUCAGAGUUUUCUAAACCAGAAAAGAAACUUUCUCUUUCAUUCUGCAAUAACUCCAGCGAGAAGUUCUCACAAUCUCCUAAGAUUGUUCCUGAAGUCGAAUCCAAAGAAAGAACUUUGAAUUUGUCUGAAAAGAAGAAUUUCACUUUUUGCACGAAUUCAAGCGAAAAGUUCUCAGUUAUGCCUGGCGAAGACAUGGUCCAGAACGGAAGGAAGUCCGCUCUAACUGUUGUUAACGAACAGACACAUUCAGGCGAAAACAGGAAGUCUUCUUUGAGCUCUUCAAACGACCAGAACGAAAGAAGAACUAAGAAACAUCGCAAUUCUCACAAACCGAAGUUGGAAGUCAACAACGAUUAUCUCGAGAUGAAGAGCGAUUCUUCAAUGUUUGAUUAUGAAGACAGAAGGCCUUUGUCUGAGAGAUCCAAGGCUCUCAAGCUCUCCUUCUCCAAAGUCACAGAAGUUGUUGACCCAGACAAUCCUGAUGUUAAGAGCUACAGAGAACAGUUCAACUCUGCAAGAUCUAAACCAUCAAUUACAUUUACUUUGGCUCCAGAACAUGAUGUUGCUGAAGGAGAAAAGAUUCAGCUCCAAGACAUCAUCAACAGCAGGUUCAUGACACCAGAGAAAGAUAAGCAAAAUCAAACAUCAAAGAUGAGAUACCAUGAUUAUGAUUAA